AUGAAUAAUAAUACUAAUAAUGGAUUAAAUGAUUAAGAAUUGCUAAGACUUAUAAAGUAAGAACUACAUUAUCCAAAUUCACCUGUUUAUGAUUAGAUAAGUGACUAAUAUUCCUCUGUAAGUGAUGAAGAAGACAUCAUUAUCAGAGAACCAGCCUCUGAAAUAUGUACAGCUAUAUAAAUUAAAUAUUUUAGCUGAUGAAUCAAGCAAAUCUCAGUAAUUUGAAAAGAAACAAGGAAAAUGGAAAUAUGUACUCAAUAAAUUAAUAUUGUUUUAAAGUGUUGUAAAAAAUGCACAAAAUCUGACAAAGGUUCUCUUAAACCAAAGACUUGUGUAUGCAUAGUUCCAGCAUCAUAAAGAAGAAUCUAGAUUGGAGAAUAGGGAUGUCUUUCUUGUCAUUGUACAGGAUGUUCAAUAGAAGAUGAAAAGAAAAAACCAAAAAUGAUCAAGAAGAAAAGGAAAUCCUCUUCUGUUUCUAGUUCGGAUGAGUCUUCGGAAUUCAAUACUGUAAAUGGAUGUUGCAAGAAAUGCAUGAAAGCCUUUUCAAAAAAGGGUAAAGAAGCUAAAGUAAAAUAUUAAAAGAUGAUAAAUAGUCUUGUUUAUGUCAAGUUCCAAGGGCUGUUCGAAAGAAACCUUUACCUGCACAUGGUUGUCAGUACUGCGGAUGCCAUGGAUGUAAUCCUUAGGAUAAAAAAAAAAAGAAAGUUAAGAAAAAUAGUCGACAGCUUUCCCCUGUUUCAAAUGAAGCGAAUGAGUAGAAUCUCAACAACUUUCAAAUUACUCGUACUAUUAGGUUAUGAUGUUAGCUUUAAUAUAAUGGCUUAAGGCAUAAAAUCUCAACCCAGGCAUUUUAGGAAUUGGAAUACCAUAAAGGACAUACUCAUAUAUUUAUGGGAAGGAAUAAGGACGUUGAGAAUAAAAACUUAUAAAUUUAUUUAUAAUCAUAAACUCUUUUAAUCA